CAGGGAGGGAGCCCGACGGCAUCGAUCGAGCAGCAUAAAUACGCGGCCGUGUGCCGUUGCCGUUGUUGGCUCUCUCAGAGGCACUAGUCGCCCUCCCCCCACAAAACUCCAAGUGAAGAGGCGAUCCAGCAACUAACGGCGGAGAACCCCACGCCACGCCACGCUCAUCUCCUCGCCGGCGGCAGGUUAACCGCUCUGCGGUCUGCGCACCCGCCGGCAGCCCGACCGGCACCGGGCGAGAAAUGGAUCAGUAGAGCCGGUAAUAACCAACCACCGCGCGCGCGUCCGAUCAGAUCGAGCGGCCGCGUGUGUGUCUGUCUGUCUGUCUCUGCGUGUGCGGUGUCCACGUACGAGCACCGAGCGUCCGGGGCGCACGAGCAGCCAUGGCGCCCGCCGCCGCGUUCGACGCCGAGGCCGGCGCCACCAACGGCAACGGCGUGAGCCACGGCCACGGCACCAAGCCGGGCCUCACGGCCGUGGGCGACGCCGGCGCCGCCUUCGUGCUCGAGUCCAAGGGGACGUGGUGGCACGCGGGGUUCCACCUGACGACGGCGAUCGUGGGGCCGACGGUGCUGACGCUCCCGUACGCGCUGCGCGGGACGGGGUGGGCGCUCGGCCUCACGCUGCUCUCCGCCAUGGCCGCCGUCACCUUGUACGAGUACUCCCUCAUGUCCCGCGUCCUCGACCACUGCGAGGCGCGCGGCCGCCGCCACAUCCGCUUCCGCGAGCUCGCCGCCGACGUCCUCGGAUCCGGAUGGAUGUUUUACUUCGUGGUCACCGUGCAGACCACCAUCAACACCGGCGUUAGCAUCGGCGCCAUCCUGCUCGCCGCCGACUGCCUCGAGAUAAUGUACACGAGCCUUGCUCCACAUGGUCCCCUGAAACUGUACCACUUCAUCAUCAUGGUGGCCGUGGUGCUGGCCUUCCUCUCCCAGCUACCGUCUUUCCACUCGCUGCGGCACAUCAACUUCGUCUCGCUGCUCCUGAGCUUGGGCUACACCAUCCUUGUGUCAGCUGCUUGCAUUCGUGCAGGCUUGUCCAAAAAUGCUCCUGUGAAGGACUACUCGCUAAGCUCGUCCAAGUCCGAGCAGACCUUCGACGCUUUUCUAUCCAUCUCCAUCCUCGCCUCUGUCUUCGGCAACGGCAUACUGCCUGAAAUCCAGGCGACGUUGGCGCCACCGGCAGCGGGGAAGAUGAUGAAGGCGCUGGUACUGUGCUACUCCGUCGUCGUCUUCACCUUCUUCCUCUCGUCGAUCACCGGGUACUGGGCCUUCGGCAGCCACGUGCAGUCCAACGUCCUCAAGAGCCUCAUGCCGGACUCCGGCCCAGCCCUCGCCCCGACGUGGCUGCUGGGCGUCGCGGUCCUCUUCGUCCUCCUCCAGCUCCUCGCCAUCGGCCUCGUCUACUCCCAGGUGGCGUACGAGAUCAUGGAGAAGAGCUCCGCCGACGCCGCCCAGGGCCGGUUCUCGCGCCGGAACCUCGUCCCGCGCCUGCUGCUGCGGACGCUGUACCUCGCCUUCUGCGCGCUCAUGGCCGCCAUGCUGCCCUUCUUCGGCGACAUCGUCGGCGUGGUAGGCGCCAUUGGGUUCAUCCCGCUCGACUUCGUGCUCCCCGUGCUCAUGUACAACAUGGCGCUCGCGCCGCCGCGCAGGUCCCCGGUCUUCCUCGCCAACACGGCCGUCAUGGUCGUUUUCGCCGGCGUAGGGGCCAUUGGCGCCUUUGCCAGCAUUCGCAAGCUCGCGCUGGACGCCGACAAGUUUAAGCUCUUCAGCAACAAUGUUGUUGACUGAACUUUGAAGGCAUCUUACUCUUAAUUCACGGUGUUUAUGUACGUCCAUAUAUAGUAGUAGUCGCAUUAAGAGUUGUUGUAGUGUUAUUGUGAAAAAUUAGUGUGUGCUCUGUGUACACGCAUUCCGAGUAUAGGCAAAUCAUGAUAUGAA